AUGGGACAGCAGCAAUCGAAGAAUUUGUCACGGUCGAAUGGGGCAGGACUACAGGUCGAGGGCUUACAGGCGUAUCCUUCGAUUUCAAAGUCCGACACAAAAGACUCCAGUCGUUCGAUCCGUGGCUCGAUUCGUUCCAAAAUACCAGGUAGCGGUAAGAGCGAUAAGGCAGACAGCCCGAGAGCCUCUAAUGGAACCCUUGCGCGAUCAGACAGCGCUCCUAUCGAAGGCUUAGAAGCAGCCUUUGCGCGCUCUUCCAUCUCACGACACGCCCGCAGCCUAUCCGGCUCGUCGGUGCCAAUACAACCUGUUAGCUCGCAAGACGACCUGCAGAACGAAGCACCAAACCCACCUCCAUCUCCGCCACAUUCCUCCUCAAUCGGCCGAGGGCACAAAGACGUCAGCGCCGCCCAGAAAUCCGGAGAAGUUGAUCACGUGUCCGAUGCUCCUCCGUCACAGGUUGCUCCGUCCACCGUCGCCCAAAAGGCAGGCGAGUCCAUUCUGAUCAAGAGAGAAAACUCCAUCAAUCCUAUAUUGAACGAGUCUGGUGCUAGGUCGAUAAUAGAUCAGAACGGAACCAACGGCUCCCCCGGUAUGACCAUCGGAGCGCUCAAGUCUAUCGAUGUUGACGACAUGAUUUCACGGCUUCUAGAUGCCGGAUAUUCCACCAAAGUCACAAAGGCAGUAUGUCUGAAAAACGCUGAGAUCAUUGCUGUCUGUACCGCCGCUCGUGAACUUCUUUUGACCCAGCCAGCCCUGCUGGAGCUCUCGGCACCGGUGAAGAUCGUCGGUGAUGUUCAUGGCCAAUACACCGACUUGAUUCGACUGUUCGAAAUGUGCGGAUUCCCUCCUAAUUCAAACUACUUGUUUCUCGGCGAUUACGUCGACAGAGGAAAACAAAGUCUAGAAACGAUCCUCCUCCUCCUCUGCUACAAGCUCAAGUACCCUGAGAAUUUUUUCCUCUUACGUGGAAACCACGAAUGCGCCAAUGUCACGCGAGUUUACGGAUUCUACGACGAGUGCAAGCGACGAUGCAACAUUAAGAUUUGGAAAACAUUCGUCGACACAUUCAAUUGCCUUCCCAUCGCCGCUAUCGUUGCUGGCAAAAUAUUCUGUGUUCACGGCGGCCUGUCCCCCAGUCUGUCACAUAUGGACGAUAUCCGCGGCAUUGCUCGACCAACGGACGUUCCUGACUAUGGACUAUUAAAUGAUCUACUAUGGAGUGAUCCAGCCGAUAUGGAAGAAGACUGGGAGCCUAACGAACGAGGCGUCAUUAUGGAAUUUUUGCAGAGGCACGAUUUCGAUCUUGUGUGUCGCGCACACAUGGUCGUCGAAGAUGGUUAUGAAUUUUUUAACGACCGCAUUCUCGUUACUGUCUUUUCCGCACCUAAUUAUUGUGGCGCAUUCGACAAUUGGGGUGCUAUCAUGUCUGUUUCCGAUGAGCUUCUCUGCAGCUUCGAAUUGCUAAAACCUCUUGAUUCGAGCGCUCUGAAGAGUCACAUAAAGAAAGGCAGGAAUAAACGAAACAACAUGCUUAACAGUCCACCUGCUAUGGUUUCUGCUCAAAGCUAUUAA